CCGGUCUUGGGUAUUACUCGACCCAAUCCAACUCGUCAAAAUCAAAAGCAUUUCCCUCGAGCACUUCAACUUCGACAAUGCUCUGAACUUUUUCAGUCCUUUUCAACUCUUCGAGAGCCGCAAAUUCAGCGGCAACGUCACGCGAGCAAGAUAAUCUCUGGACCUGCAUAAUAGUCGUCUGCAUCACGAGGCUCGGUCGAGAUCUGAGGUGCCCACAUGAAGGAUGCUUCAAGAUCCUGUGCAAUCUCGACAACAAUGCCAACCUCUUCACAAGUGUGCAUGUGAGCAUGUCGGCCUCUGCAGCUUCCAUGGCGCUAUGGCAUUGUUUGUCAACUCUACGGAACUCGACGGAACUCUAUGUGGGUGAUUCAACUCUUGCUGGAGGAACAUUUCCGGGUCCAAUCAUCGCAGCCAAGAAGGGUGACAAAUUUGAGGUCAACAUCGUGAACCAACUCACUGACGAUUCAAUGUUCAAAAGCACCAGUGUGCACUGGCACGGAAUCUAUCAGAAUGGGACGAACUAUGCGGAUGGAGUCGCAUCUGUUACUCAAUGCCCCAUUGCGCAAAACGACUCAUUUCUGUACUCCUUCGAGGCUCAGAACCAGACAGGAACCUACUGGUAUCAUAGCCACUACUCGACACAAUAUUGUGAUGGCCUGCGCGGGGCUUUGAUUAUCUACGAUCCCGAAGACCCUCUAUCCUACCUGUACGACGUUGACGAUGGUACGGUGAUCAUAUCACGGUACCAUACGGUUGCCCCUGUUUUGAAUCAUUUCGUCACCGUCGACGGUAAUUCAACACUCAUCAACGGUCUUGGUCGAUAUCAAGGGGGCCCCACUGAUACCGAACUUGCGGUGGUCAACGUUGAUUACGGCAAAAGAUACCGACUACGCGUCAUAGGAAUGUCUUGCGGCCUCAAUUUUAUUUUUUCCGUCGAUGGUCAUGACCUGACGGUCAUGGAAGCGGAUGGUCAGCUGACGGAACCCCUUCUCGUGGACUCGAUCCAGAUACUUCCUGGACAGCGAUACUCUGUCGUUCUCAAUGCGAAACAACCAGUCGACAAUUACUGGAUACGAGCACUCCCAAAUACCGCGGGAUCGACUUUCGACGGUGGCCAGAACAUGGCCAUCCUGCAAUAUCGGGGUGCACCCGUCGCAGAGCCAACUACGAACCAGACCACAAGCAUCAUGCCGCUUCUCGAGACCAACUUGCAUGCGCUCAUUAAUCCCGGUGCACCUGGUAUUCCGGGAUAUGGGAAUGCAGAUAUCAACUUGAUGAUGUAUGUCACUAAAAUAGAUGGAAUAUUCUACGUCAACGGCGUUGCAUUCAAGUCUCCAUCUGUGCCCGUGCUGCUCCAAAUACUCAGUGGCGCACAAGAAGCGGCUGAUAUCCUUCCAGAGGGAUCUGUUUAUGAUUUAGAGGCUAACAAGGUCGUCGAAUUGACAAUGAUAAAUGGUGAACCCAGAGGUCCCCAUCCAAUUCAUUUGCAUGGUCACAGCUUUGAUGUCGUUCAGAGCGCUGGCAACAGCUCUUUCAACUACGUCAAUCCCGUGCGCAGGGAUGUAGUAUCCAUCGGGAAUCAAGACCAACAAAUGGUAAUUAGGUGGGUCACCGAUAACUCCGGUCCGUGGUUCCUGCAUUGUCACAUCGACUGGCAUAUAGGGGAGUGCGUUAUGGCCGAAAGUCCCUCGGAGACUCAGAAGCAUCUGCACCGCUUACCCGGUAACUGAUUGAUUUUCCGACUUCGCUUCUCGUUGGGCUGAUGGUAGACACAGACGCAUGGAAAACACUUUGCCCGAUAUUCGAUUCCGUUGACCCACUCCCAGAUUGGAGCAGAGAAUUCGUAUCAACAAGCGGAAAAUCUCGCCGUUGCCUGGGGGGAAAAUAUCACCACAGCACUGUUUCCCUUAUAGUGUGCACUAUCGUAAUCGAGUUCGUAUGGCGCUGGACCCGUCCAAGUAAUAGUUUGCUGUCCUCGACCAGCCUAUUUUUUUUCAUCAUUGUUUAUUGUCCAGUGGAGCGGAACCGAUGCUGGACAGUACGUACAGUAUGUAAACUUAGUGAGCGCGGUGUAUGAGGGGCGCUAGACAAAAAUUAAUUAAAUAAUUGCGGGG